AUGGGCGGCCACGGAGGGUUAAACAUCCUGCCACAGAAGAAGUGGAACGUUUACAGAAAGGAUAGGCAGUUUAAAGUGAAUUAUGACGAAAACAAACUUAUAAAGGAAGAAGAAAAAAAAGUGAGAAAAAAAAAUGAGCAGGCAUUUGAAAACACCAUCAGUCAGCUGAAGCAGAACGCGCAUCAAAGCAGCGCCCAUGAAAGAAGCGAGCACAGAGGCGAUGCCUUCCAAAAUGGGCGCAACCAUCAAUGUGAACACAUUAACCUAUUUGCAGAAGAGGAAAAAGAAAUAAAUGAAAGGAACAAAAAGCAUGAAGAAUUUUUAAUAAAAAAAGGACACUACAUUUACAACGAUAAAAAUUUUAAUGGAGAAAAUUGUAUCUAUGAAAAAACUAGUAAUGCAAAAAUUGUUUCAGAUUUCGACAAAAUUAAGUUAAGUCAAAAUGAGUGGUAUUUGAGGAGACAGAGCAGCAUUUUUGCGAACACAAAUGAGUUCAAGGAGGUAAAGGUGAGAAAAAAUAAAGAGGACCCUUUUUGUGACAACAAGACCCACCAGAGACAAACUGACCAUCUGCGGAGAAGCGACUCGUCAGAAAGUGACACACAUCGGCACGGCAAACGGUUAGAACAUAGAGAUCAUGGCAGAAGGGACAAGGAAAAGGAGGAGCGGAAGAAAAAAAAAAAAGACAAACAUAAAGAGAAAAAGAAGUAUGACCAUAUCAAGAAACUUAUAAAAUAUAAGAAAGACAAGGAAAAAAGGGAAAGGAAGAAAAGCCGCAAAAAAUGA